AUGCUUUCCUCGUCGCUUUCCCUCAGCGCUGGUUCGCUGUUCCUUGCUUUGCUCGCCUCGCCAGUCGCAGCAGCGUCCGAGACGUAUCAACUGGUUGAGAACUGGCACGGCGAGAGUUUCUUGGACUACUUCAACUUCCACACCGGCUCCGACCCCACCAAUGGCUUCGUCACAUAUCUUGACAAGACUAGCGCCGAGAGCGCAGGUCUUGUAAAGGUCAACGACGGUGGCAGUGUUUAUAUCGGCGUCGACCACAACACGACGCUUUCAACAACUGGCAAGGGCCGUGACUCUGUUCGUAUUGGCAGCAAGAAGUACUAUGACCACUCCCUGGUGAUUGCCGAUAUUGCCCACAUGCCGGGAAGCAUUUGUGGUAGCUGGCCUGCCUUUUGGUCCGUGGGUAAGAACUGGCCUUCGGAUGGCGAAAUCGAUAUCAUCGAGGGUGUCAAUCUGCAGGAUCACAACGAAAUUGUCAUGCACACCGCCGGUACUUGCAGUAUCACCGACACGGGUAUGACCGGUUCUGUCAAUGCCACUGGGUGUGGUGAGGACCUGGGCACUGUUGGCUGCGUUAUCGAGGGUCAGACGGGGAGCUACGGUACUUCGUUCAACAAACAGGGCGGCGGUAUUUACGCUAUGCAGUGGACCGAGCAAUUUGUCAAGAUCUGGUUCUUCCCCCGUGCUUCCAUCCCGACUUCUAUCACCAACGGUGCGCCCGACGUCUCCCAGUUCGGCACUCCCAUGGCCCUCGUGGAGGAUAGCUGUGAUGUUGCUUCCAGUUUCAAGGCCCAAUCGUUCGUGUUUGACGUGACUUUCUGCGGUGACUGGGCCGGUGGUGUUUACGGCCAAUCCGGUUGCCCAAUGUCUGGCUCCGAUUCGUCGUCAAGCUGCAUCAACUACGUGGCCAAGAACCCCGCCGCAUUCGAGCAGACCUACUGGGAAAUCAACUCUGUCAAGAUUUACCAGACUGGAGUCGCUGCCACGACGGCCGUCUCUACCUCGCACUCCACGACCGCUGUCCAUGCUACUAUUGCCCAGGCCGUGACUCACACCACUGCCCAGACCUCCGCCGCCGCGGUGGAGACCGCUGCAUCUGCCUCCACUGAAUCAAGGACUGCUGCCGUCGUUGCCACUGCUGGUACUGUUGGCGAGCUGGGUAGUGAUGUCUCCUCCGCCACCGAGCAGACUGUGAAGAGCUCCACAACCCGAUACGUCACCAAGUUUGUCACUUCCACCACCACUCUCUGCCCAGUCGCCGAAGCAUCCUCUUCUGCUGCAGCUGCAGAGAGUAAGGCUCUCGCGGCUUCGUCUGCUACAAAUUCUGUCAAGGAGGUCCAAACUCAGCCUGCAGUCGAGACCACUGCCGCUUCGACUCCCGUUGCCGCUACUAUCUUGCUGGCUGUGAGUAGCCAGACAUCCAGCCGACCGACCGGUGCCGAUGCUGCAUCGAGCAGUGCUCCCGCAAGCGUUACCUCAACGGACGGCCCACUGCCUACAAUCAUCAUGGCCCCUGGAAUCACCGCUGUAUCAGCCAGCGGCCGGGCCACUUCCAAGCCUUACCAAAGCAACUCCGCCAUCGCUGUCGCUACUGGCGCCUCUGCCGCCUCAGGCAGCACUUUCCAGGGAAGCACCAGCAGUGCUGUGAGCCCUGUCUUUACCGGUGCUGCCGAAAAGACUUCUGUGAAGUUCUCGACAAUUAUUGCAGCAUUCCUGGUCGCCCUGAUGGCUUAA